AGUCAUGUGAUAUCCUAUGGUAUGAUAUGUGACACCAGUCACAUAGAGCACCGGUCGGUAAAUACAGGAACGGUCACAAAGUGCUUACGUUGUAGAUAUACCGGCUAAACUCCGCACACAGCGUUUACAGAACCAGAAAAACCCCGCUGCAGCGAGGCCGGUCUCAACUUACUACGGAGAGAAAAGAUGACGUCAUCCUUAUUGUUCCUUGCCCUCUGUCUGGUCGCGUGCGGGUCGGCGCAUGCGCAAUGUAGCAACACUUCGCCCUGCCCUUUCAAAGGUGGAGAUGAUUUCAUCACACCGGAAGAAACGUCCUCAGUAGAUGGUAAACUUGACAUGACCUUGACGGUGGAUGUGUCUGACGUCACGGUGGAGUGGUUGACCCUCACCAGGCGGACCUAUAACGGAGGCUGGCCCUCCCCAACACUGCGGGUCAGGGCGGGCGACAGGGUCAACGUUCUCCUGAAAAAUGAGCUGGGAGAGAACCAAGCCGAGGGCGAGCCCAACACAUUCCGCCACCCGAACACCACCAACCUGCACGUGCAUGGACUACACAUCUCACCCAGGGAACCGCAGGACGAUGUACUCAUACAGCGGAAAUUGACGAGUCUAUAUCCUAUCUUCACGUUGGAUUGUUGUUAUCCCAUACUGCAGGUGAACCCAGGGGGUGAGUAUCAGUACCACUAUGAGCUGAACGAGCUUCAGCCUGCCGGAACCUACUGGUACCACGCUCACCACCACGGGGCCACGUACUUCCAGGUAGCCAGUGGUCUUGCCGGACUGUUGAUCGUUGAGGAUGAAGAGAACUCCAUGCCAGACGAACUUGCCGCCAUUUCCUGCCCGAAACACUGCGACAAAGAAGUGCCCAUGUUACUCGGCAAGAUGCUGUUCUACGGCCAAGAUUUCUUCAGCUUUCCCGCCAUACAAGACCAGAUCGGCGACAUCUUUCUACUAGACGAUAUUGUAACAGAUGAGAACAUCACCCUGUUGGAUUGGCUGGAGAGACAUGACGCAACUCAGUACCUGACCAAUGGUCAGUACGUACCGAAGAUCUCCAUGCAGCCGGGAGAGAUCAGACGGUUCCGGCUGGUGAAUGUCGGACCGACCGACAUGUUGGAGAUCUACCUCGAAGAGCCAAAACGUGGGAAUGCCUGA